GUUCCUGCCCGCUUUGCCCCCGGCCGCUCGAAUUGGCCAACCGCACUUCACCGCCAUCCCCGACGGCGGAGUUAGCCGGCGGCCGCGUCGAGUAGAUCUUCGCCACUUCCCCCUCGCGGCGUCGCGUGGACUUCAGCUUGGUUCGUGAACCCUCACCUGUAGCGCCACCAACGGCGGAGGGGGAUUCUGUGUGCCGAUAGUUCGGUUUGGCUUGAUCGUGGAGCAGACGAAGGGCGGCGUGGCCACGAGGUUGGAGGAAGGGACGACGAAGAUGAACGCUUGGGCGGCGACGGUUCUAAGUAUGAGAGGUGAAGAUGAUGACGGUGUCGUGUUACAGCUGGUCUCUGGUACCCCAAACCUGUCAUUUGAGGAGGUAAGUAAAGACGGAAGUAAUCUGCGCUUUCGAUUUAAUUGUUCAGCUGACAGCAAUGAGGGUCAAGGAAUGAAGCUCGUGAAAGAAGAUACAGGAGCAGGAAUGCGGUCGCUCUACUUCAAAGUCCUCGGCAUAAUGCCAAUGUCUGUUAUUGCUGCUUCUAUCCACCGCUCCUACCACCAACUUGAGACCCUCAAACUCGAGCCAGAGCACAAUGUGGCUUCAUAGCCAUGGCAGCUCGUCGGAGUCUGCACGUGCCCAUGGACUACUCCUGCAUAUAGCUCCAAACUAUACUCACGAUCGAUGCAUCCUAAUCUACCUCCAUUUCAACAGAAGCAUCAUCCAAUGCCCGUAUUACGUCCAUCCUCUUCUGUUUUUUUGUCAAGGUAGGUUGAUAAAUCGGUGCAAUAUCAAGCUUGAGUUAGGAUUGUGUGUGUGUUCUUUUGGGGAAUGUAUGGGAAGAAUUGUUAUUUGCCUGCUUGUACAUUGUGUUUGUGGUGGCUGUAGUGCGGUGGCUUCUCUUUCUGUUCUUGGACGGUGUAGAAAAAGUUAAUGCAAAUCUAUAUUUUGUGUACGAUAAUAUACUAAA